AUGAUGGCGUCCAUCGGGCUGGUUGGUCAGCAUUUCCUGAAGUUCCCAGGCUUCGAACAGUCCCCGGCUGGCUUCUCCGUGAUGGGCAGGGGCGAGGGUGUGCUAGGCUUCUUCGGCAUCUUCCUGCUCUGUGCUCUCUUGGAGCUGGCAUGGCGAGAGGAGCCUGGCAGCGACAGGGAGCCGGGCAACUAUGGGGACCCUUUCGGCGUGAACAUGUACAACGACGAGAUGAGGAUGAAGGAGCUGAACAACGGGCGCAUGGCCAUGAUUUCCGUUCUGGGUAUCUUUGCGGCGGAGAUGGCAACGGGCAAGGAUGCCAUUCAACAGUUCGGCUUCUGA